UAUUUGUUUGUUUUUCCAUUUUAGACUUAACGGUGCUGAAAGAGGAGAGGGAAGGACUGAAUGAAACUGAAGAGAAAGAUCAGUAUGAGAAUAUUCAUGAUUCCAUAACUGGAGAAAAAUCUUUUUGCUCCUUACAGUCUGAAAAGACUUCCACACGAAAAACAGAUCAAAAGACGGGAACUAAGAGUUAUUUCACUUGCCUUCAGUGUGGAAAGAGUUUCAGUCAACAAGGAAGGCUUAAAAGCCACAUGAGAACCCACACUGGAGAGAAGCCUUUCACCUGCCAACAGUGUGGAAAGAGUUUCAGUCAACAAGGAACGCUUAAAAGCCACAUGAGAACCCACACUGGAGAGAAGCCUUUUACCUGCCAACAGUGUGGAAAGAGUUUCAGUCAACAAGGAAAUCUUAAAAGCCACAUGAGAACCCACACUGGAGAGAAGAAGACUUUCACCUGCCAACAGUGUGGAAAGAGUUUCAGUCAACAAGGAACGCUUAAAAGCCACAUGAGAACCCACACUGGAGAGAAGCCUUUCACCUGCCAACAGUGUGGAAAGAGUUUCACUCUAAAAAAAACCCUUAAUAGGCACAUGAAAGUUCACACUGGAGAGAAGCCUUUCAUCUGCAAACAGUGUGGAAAGAGUUUCAGUCAACAAGGAAGGCUUAAAAGCCACAUGAGAAUGCACACUGGAGAGAAGCCUUUCACCUGCCAACAGUGUGGAAAGAGUUUCAGUCAACAAGGAAAGCUUAAAAUCCACAUGAGAACGCACACUGGAGAGAAGCCUUUCACCUGCCAACAGUGUGGAAAGAGUUUCAGUCAACAAGGAAGGCUUAAAAGCCACAUGAGAACGCACACUGGAGAGAAGCCUUUCACCUGCCAACAGUGUGGAAAGAGUUUCAGUCAACAAGGAAAGCUUAAAAGCCACAUGAGAACCCACACUGGAGAGAAGCCUUUUACCUGCCAACAGUGUGGAAAGAGUUUCAGUCAACAAAGAAACCUUAAAAGCCACAUGAGAACCCACACUGGAGAGAAGCCUUUCACCUGCCAACAGUGUGGAAAGAGUUUCAGUCAACAAGGAAGGCUUAAAAGCCACAUGAGAACCCACACUGGAGAGAAGCCUUUCACCUGCCAACAGUGUGGAAAGAGUUUCACUCUAAAAAAAACCCUUAAUAGGCACAUGAAAACGCACACUGGAGAGAAGCCUUUCACAUGCUGUCAGUGUGGAAGAAGUUUCAGUAAUCAUGGAAACCUUAAAAGCCACAUGAAAGUUCACACUGGAGAGAAGCCUUUCAUCUGCAAACAGUGUGGAAAGAGUUUCAGUCAACAAGGAAAGCUUAAAAGCCACAUGAGAACCCACACUGGAGAGAAGCCUUUUACCUGCCAACAGUGUGGAAAGAGUUUCAGUCAACAGCUUGGAGUCCACAUGAGAGUUCACACUAGAGAGAAGUCUUUCACAUGCUGUCAGUGUGGAAGAAGUUUCAGUAAUCCUGGAAGCCUUAAAAACCACAUGAAAGUUCACACUGGAGAGAAGACUUUCAUCUGCAAACAGUGUGGAAGAAGUUUCAGUAAUCCUGGAAGACUUAGAGUCCACAUGAGAGUUCACCCUGGAGAGAAACCUUUCAUCUGCAAACAGUGUGGACGAAAUUUCAGCGGAAAAUUAAAACUUAAAUACCACAUGAAAGUGCACACUGGAAAGAAACCCUUCACUUGCCAUCUGUGUGGGAAAAGUUUCAAGCAUAAAGCAAGCCUUUAUGUCCACAGGCGAAUUCACACUUUGGAGAUCCCUUUUACCUGUCAACAGUGUGGAAAGAGUUUCACUCAUAAAAGAAGCCUUAAAGAGCACAUGAUAAUUCACACUGAAGAGAAGCCUUUCACAUGCUCUCUGUGUGGAAAGAGUUUCAAUCACUCUGGAUCCUUUAAACGCCACAUGAAAAUUCACACUGGAGAGAAGCCUUACACAUGCUAUUAUUGUGUAAAGAGUUUCAUUGACUCUGCAGCCCUUAAACACCACAUGAAAAUUCACAAUAUAAAGAAGCCUAACGGAUCCCCUCAGUGUGGAAAGUGUUUGAAUAAAAGUGGAGAAAACGGGAGAAUUCACACUACAAAGAGACGUUUUUCCUGCCAACAGUGUGUAAAGAGUUUCGCUCAAAAAAGAAGCCUUAAUAGGCACAUGAGAGCUCACACUGGAAAAAGCCUUACACAUGCAAACAGUGUGGAAAGAGUUUCACUCAACGAGGAAACCUUUGACAGGCACAUGAAAAUUCACAAUGGAGAGAAGCCUAACAGAUCCCCUCAGUGUGAAGAGAGUUUCAAUGAAAAUGUAUAAAAUGGAUAGUUCCUUGAUUCUGAUUGGU